GUGUGUGUGUGUGUGUGUGUGUGUGUUGCGUGCGUGUGUGUGUUGCGAGCGUAUUUGUGUGUCGCCACUAGUGGGCGCACCGCACGUCUUAGAAACAGUAUCACUUUCGGUUUGGAAGAAAAGACCGUGGGGUGCGUCUGAAGCUGCUCACAACGUCGUCCCGACCCCAACAUGACGUCCACCACCAGCCAGCUGGACAGAGAGGAGCCCACUGAAACAAGAGACAAUUCUAACGUAAUGAAUACGCAUAGCGACCAGGGUACUGGAAGUAAAACCAGUUCACAGGAUUCAGAGACUAAUGCCGAGGUUCCUAAAGGGGAAAACAAUUCUGACAACCAGAGUACUGGAAGUAAUACCGGUUUACUGGAUUCAGAGCCACCUGAUGCUAAAGAGGUUGCUAAUGGGACUCCCCAGAAGGAGGAUAAACCUGUAGCAACCAUUCAUCUGAAGGUAGUCUGGCCAGAGGGAGAUCCUCCACGCAGGUGGGAGGCAGAACUUCAAAAAGUUCUGCAGAGUUGGUUCAACAAUAACCCCAAACGCACAGUCAAAACUGAGUGUGUACGUCUAACUGAUCAAAAGGAUGGAAGUGUGAGUCUGGAGAUAACACCGGCUACAGGGCAGGAGGACCUGUUCACUGAGGACACCCAGCUGACCCUGAAGGACCAGAAGACAACAGCCAGUGUGAGGCGUCUUAAUGGGGGUGGUUCUUUCUCAAAGAAAAACGACCAGAGUACUGGAAGUAAAACCAGUUCACAGGAUUCAGAUCAACCUGAUGCUGAAGAGGUUCCUAAUGGGACUCUAAAGAAGAAGGAUAAAACUGUAGCAACCAUUCAUCUGAAGGUAGUCUGGCCAGGGGGAGACCCUCCAAGCAGGUGGGAGACAGAACUUCAAAAAGCUCUGCAAAGUUGGUUCAACAAACACCAAAAAAGCGGAGUCACCACCAAGUGCUUAAAUCUAACUGGUCAAAAAGAUGGAAGUGUGAGGCUGGAGCUAAUACCGGCUACAGGGCAGGAGGAUCUGUUCACUGAGGACACCCAGCUGACCUUGAGGGACCAGAAGACAACAGCCAGUGUGAGGCGUCUUAAUGGGGGUGGUUCUGCUCCAGUAACCCAUGACAACGACACUCCUCGGUUAUUCCCAUCUGCACCACCUACAGACAAUUCUAACUUAAUAAAUACGCAUAACGACCAGAGUACUGGAAGUAAAACCAUUUCACAGGUUUCAGAGCUACCUAAUGCUGAAGAGGUUCCUAAAGGGACUCCCCAGAAGAAGGAUACAACUGUAGCCACCGUUCAUCUGAAGGUAGUCUGGCCAGAGGGAGAACCUCCACCCAAGUGGGAGACAGAACUUCAAAGAGCUCUGCAGAGUUGGUUCAACAGAAACCCAAAAAACAGAGUCACCACCGAGUGCUCAAAGCUAACCGGUCAAAUGGAUGGAAGUGUGAGGCUGGAGAUAACACCGGCUACAGGGCAUGAGGAUCUGUUCACUGACGACACCCAGCUGACCUUGAGGGACCAGAAGACAACAGCCAGUGUGAGGCGUCUUAAUGGGGGUGGUUCUGCUCCAGUAACCCAUGACAACGACACUCCUCGGUUAUUCCCAUCUGCACCACCUGAGCCUGUGAGCUGCACUGUACCGCUGGUCCACUUCUGGUACGUGAACCAGGUCUACAGAGAGAGAAUGAAACGCAUCGAGGAAAAAAACGGAGUUCAUAUCCAAAAGGACGUGAAGGUGUCCUUCAACGGUGACACCAGCGCUGGAGCAGACCCAGUCAAGGCUCUCUCUGAAUUCACCGAUCUAGUCCAGUCUUGUUUAGGAGACUCCACAUGCUUCUCUUACUCCCAUGAGCCCGGUCAAGUGGACUGGGAGAAAGCCCUUCAACUCAUCCAGCAGGGUCGAGAGAAGCUCACGCUUACCGUGUCACCCCAUGAGGUGGAGGUGUGUGGGCCAAUGGAAAGCCUGAAGACUUUCCAAAAUUAUUCAAAAAUUCUAAAGAAAAGCCAUAAUUCCCAGAUUCCUGGUCCGUCAUCUACAGGGGAAGCUCAAGGAAGAUCAGACGCAUUGCACAUUGAUCCAGUACAUUGGCUUGUAAUAACUACUCUCUUUAAGACGGAGUUGGCAGAACUUGAAAAAGGGUUUGGGGUGAAAUAUGGUUACAUACAUGAUAAGGUGAAGGCAAGAGCUGAAAUGAAAUCCAAAGAUGCCUUUACCCUGGAGAGCGACUCCCUCAGAGCUCUUGUGUGCUUGCACCAGAGAGUGACCGCCUCGGUACUGAGCUGCUCCCUGCAGAGCCAGAGCCAGAGACACCUAGUGAAGGAGAGACUGGCUGGACUCCCUGGGGUCGUCCCUGAUUUCCGUGGGGACCAGUGGAGGAUCAUCGGCCUGCCAGAGGACCUGCGCCGGGCUGUUGACCACAUCGAGAGCGACCUAGGAAGACCCGUCUUCAGGGAGGAGGACAAGCAGAGGAUUGGACACCUGAGAUAUGGAGUUGACUCCAGCGGAGGAAGUGACAUGGCAGGGGGCAAACCCCCAGUGAGGGGGGCCGCAGCAGCUGAAGAAGAAGAAGACAAGUGUCCUGUUUGCAUGGAUCAAAUUACAAACAGGAGAAUGCUGCCGUGCAACCACGCGUUGUGCAAAGAAUGUCUGGAAAACUUAGUGACACAGAUGGGACCCACCUGUCCGAUAUGUAAAGCCCUUUUUGGGGAAUUGACGGGAGACCAGCCUGACGGAAGAAUGACACAUGAAACUCAACAUUAUUCACUUCCAGGUUUCCAGGGACAAGGCAAUAUAUUGAUCAAAUAUGAGAUCUAUCCUGGAAAACAGACGGCCCGACACCCCAACCCUGGGAAGACACAUUAUGGCACCCAGAGAUUAGCGUACCUCCCAGACAACAGAGAAGGCAGGGAGGUGCUGAGGUUACUGCGGAGAGCCUUCGACAAGAGGUUGAUCUUCACAGUGGGGACCUCCCGUACCUCGGGGUCUGAGAACCAGGUCACCUGGAACGACAUCCACCACAAGACCAGCAUCGGUGGAGGUCCAUCGAGCUUUGGGUAUCCAGACCCUGACUACCUUCGGAGGGUGAAGGAGGAACUGAAGGCGAAAGGCAUCGAGUGAAGUCCUCUCAUUAGAAAAACAUCUGUAUCAUUUCAAGAUCCAAUCUGUAUCACUUAAACAAAUCAAACUUUGAAUGUAUCCGUCUUUUGAAUAGAUACAGGGAAUGUCUCAUAUAGGGCAAAUGGUUUAAUGGGUAUGAAUAUCUUGCUGAUUGUUACGUGGAAAGGUUUGUUGAAUGACAAUAUAUAGACUACAUUAGAAAUUAUGUUAAAUUAAGACGAGAUGGCUUCAACUGUACAAAUUGUUAGCGCCUUCAAAAUAUCAGCGCAGACUGUAAAAGUAGACAACCAUUUCAUUGUUUACUGUUAAGUUUCUCAUUGUAGUUGAUUCACAUAAAUAACUGCCUUUUAAUGUGGAAAGUAUUGUAUUAACAUUUAAACUAUUUAUACUUACAAAUACGAACCAAUAAAAAAUCGAAUGCAUGUUGGUGAUUGAAGUUGAUUGGUGUGAUAUUUGCAUUUAUAAAAGAUAAUCAAAACAUGAUAGUAUAACAGUGUGGCUUCUUUAGGUUCUCAUUACAUUAUCAGUAAAGCCAGAUGCUUCUC